GACCAUCUGUUCUGUGAGGCUCCAGAGAGAGAGAGAGGGAGGGAGAGAGAGAGGUGACGUGUUCAGGUGGUGGACUGGCAGGAGCAUGCUGCCCACCGGUCAGGAGGCCGAACACAGCUCCAUUGACCUGGACAAGGCCUUCGCCCUGGCGUUUCUAGCCUUGCUCUGCCUCUUCCUCCUCACCAUGAUCUUCCGCUGCGCCCGCAUGGUCAUCGACCCCUACAGCGCCAUCCCCACCUCGACCUGGCAGGAGGAGCAGAUCUCAAACUGAGGCAUCAUGGGACAACCGCCAACGCUUGACCCCUGACCCCACCCGACCAAGACCCCUGCCUCUGAGGGGUUUUACCCUCCCAUUGGAUCUCAGGUGGAGUUGGGAUCAGACGGACUGGGAGGGGGGAGAUGAGAGGGUGGGGCUUGAGUUUGGGAUCUGAUGGUCUUCCACUCCCUCACCUCCCGACUUCCACCUUCCAGCUUCUGGAGAACUGCACCCCCCCUCCCUAUCUCUGUCACUCCCUCCCUAUCACUGUCACCUCCUCCACCCCCUCCCUAUCACUGU